CGGCGAUCGGUGGUGGAGGCGGGGAGCGGGGGCCGCUCUGGCCGGCGGACUCGCUGGUGCGGAGUCCCGGAAGCGGCGUUCCCCGAGGCCGGGCGCGGAAUGGCGGAGAGUCCGGCCGCCGAGGAGGCGGCCCCGGCCGCGGUGCUGGCGGCGGCGGGUAGCGGCGGAGCCUCGGCCGGCCCGGGCGGGGGCGCGGGGAGCCCCGGCGUCUUCAUCCCCGCCGAGUUGUGGGCGGCGGCGGGCUUCGGUGCUGCGACGCCGGGCGCCGGCGUGGCCCCGGGGAGCGGCGGGGCCCCCAUCGCGGCAGCGGCGGCGGCCGCGGGGGCCGCGCUCCUCACGCACUCCGCCUUCUGGGACCCUACGGUUAGCGGUGACUGGGAUAGCGAGCGGCCCAGCCCGGCCUGCCUCCUGCGGAUCAAACGGGAUAUCAUGUCCAUUUACAAGGAACCGCCCCCGGGAAUGUUUGUUGUGCCUGAUCCCCAUGACAUGACCAAGAUUCAUGCAUUGAUCACAGGCCCAUUUGACACGCCUUAUGAAGGGGGUUUCUUCUUGUUCCUGUUUCGCUGUCCUCCAGAUUAUCCCAUCCACCCACCAAGGGUCAAACUGAUGACAACGGGAAAUAACACAGUGAGGUUUAACCCCAACUUCUACCGCAAUGGGAAAGUCUGCCUGAGUAUUCUAGGCACUUGGACCGGGCCUGCAUGGAGCCCAGCACAGAGUAUCUCUUCAGUCCUCAUCUCCAUCCAGUCUCUGAUGACUGAGAACCCUUAUCACAAUGAACCCGGCUUUGAGCAGGAGAGGCACCCUGGGGACAGCAAGAACUAUAAUGAGUGCAUUCGGCAUGAGACCAUCCGAGUAGCAGUGUGCGACAUGCUGGAAGGGAAGUGUCCCUGUCCUGAGCCGUUACGGGGCGUGAUGGAGAAAUCCUUCAUGGAAUACUAUGACUUCUAUGAAGGGGUGUGUAAAGAGAGACUUUAUCUCCAAGGACAGACAAUGCAGGAUCCUUUUGGUGAAAAACGAGGCCACUUUGACUAUCAGUCCCUAUUAGUGCGUUUGCAAGGAAUUCGGCAGAAGGUGCAAGAGAAACACCAGCAGGAGAAUACAGAAAUAGACUCUGAGAGCAGCUCCUCCGAGACAGAGACAGACACUCAGGGUUGCUCUAAAGCUUAGAGCUACGGUAACAGUGGAGAGGCCAAGCCAUGGGGAUGUUCUGUCUUCACACUCUAGAGUACCCCUGACAGACUUGACAACCAAACCAAUGCCAGAGCGGAGGAUACUGCGGGAUAUCUCCUGUCUCCUUGUACUGCUUUGGUGGAUAACGCUGAAUGAGAAGACUUCAUGCUAGACAAAGCCAAGCUUGUGACAGGCUACUCUUAAAAGGUACUUACUAUGCUAGAAAGCCGGAGCAUGUGGCAUCAGGUUAUUUUUUGGAAACACCUACACUGGUUGGUUUUUUCUUUUUUUUUCUUUUUUUUUUUUUUUCCUCCAUUUGAUUAAAGAAUGAGAUCUAGACUGCAAAUCCUCUUUACAGCUUUUCUGUUCCUAGACAGUGAGCCCUUUCCUGGGGCCACGCUGAAUGUGGAGCUGUAGCUGUGGGAGCGCUUUGAUGAGUCCAGGGUAUGACAGGGCCCACGCACUGUGUGCCCAGGCGAAACCUUUUUGUGCGGGUUGGGAGAGAUGGAGCCUCUCUGCUCUGUGGAGCCCAUCUACUUGAUGUCUUUCUUCUAGACACUGUUCUAGACAGACCAAAGAUAAAGAGCAGUGGUGGAAUCUGGGCUCCUUUCUGAAAGCUUUACUCAAGCCCUGGGUGACUUCGUCCACUGAAACUUUGGGCACAGAGGGGUGGAUGCAAAGUGGAAACAGCAAGAAUCCAUAAAUCAAGUGCAGGUGUGUUCAUCCUGGCAUUUUGGGGAAGGGAGGGUGAGAAAAUCAUUGUUCAGAGAUGGGGGGAGCACUUAAAAAUAAGCCUAGUUUGUGUAUUUGAUUUGAAGUUAGCAUUCUAGAAAUAUUUUAUUCUGGCUGCUCUGAACGGAGCUGUUCUGUGUCCUUAACUGAAGUACUCUGCUUUCCACCUCUCUGAUCAGUGUAUUAUUUUAUUUUCCUUCCUUCUUCCUCCUGCCACCUCACUCGCUGCUGCUGCUACCUUGAUCCAUCAGAUUGAGAUGCUAGGAUAAGGGGCAAUUCUAGCUAAGGAAGCCACUGUUCACGGGCGGAGUCCUUCGGAGGUGUAUGCCUUGUUACUGAUAAAUUCCUUUGCCAAACUUGGCUGAGUCCAGCCGAGCCGAGUGUCGUAAAGUUUAACACUUCAGUGUAUUUGACCGUUCUAAAGAGCAACUUUUUACUGAGUGAAGGCCACCCUCUUGGAGAGGUGUCUGCUGGCUGUGAGUGCCAUUACAUCAAAGAUGUAUUCAGUUGGGUGGAGGUGAAUUACCGUUUCUCCAGGCAAAUGAGCCUGCUGAUUGAUUGGAGCAGUAGAAUGUUUUGUUGUUAAAGAGCUUAAUCUAUACUUUUUUUUUUUU